UUGAGGUGUUUCCCCCCCAUUUUUACUUGCAGUGAUUUGUCCUUGUUUAGGUGGGAAAUCGUUCCCCUGAGUGAUUGCUGAACUGGGCAGAGGGUUAAUGGGCAGAGGCUGGGGGAGCCCUGAGACAGGGACACCUCUGGGCUGGCAGGGGACGGCACUCUCUGCUGGCAACAAGGCAUGGGAAGGCCCAGGAAGGGAAAAGAUGAACAAGCGUCCCGCAUGGAGAUGGUCCAGCCCCAGGCCUCCCUGUACCAGCUACUUCCCCCUCCCCCACCCUGCCCAACCCAGCACCCCCCACCGCCUGCUAGUCACAUUCCCAGACCCCACAGCCAGUGACUUUCACAGUCACAGCCAGUGACCUUCUGACUCCAGCCCCACUCCUUUCCCCUGUGAAAGCCACAUCACCCAGGGCUCCCUGCUGGCCAUAUGAAUGUGAGGCAAGAAUAACCCAUUCCAUUCUGUUGUUGAUUCAAUAUCACUGUAUAAUCCCCUCAAAUUUCCCCUCUUUUCUCUUGAGUGGUUGAAUGAUGACAUAAAAUCUCCCCACAAGUUAAUGCUUGUCCCUUAUAUUGGCAAAUAUUUAGUUUGUGCCCCAUUUUUUCCUCAUUCUGAAAUACUGAACAAAUUCUUAAAAAUCUUCCCGCUUUUCUCUCCCACGUGUGUGACUGAGAUCAGGGCUCUUAUCGUACUAAGCAUGGCUCUGUUCUGCCACGUGCUGCAGAGACCCCAACUGAGAUCUGGGCCCUGUUCUGCCAGGCACUGAAGAGACCCCACGAGUCUAUGUCUCUGCUCCCUGUUGCCGUGGUGCCUUCUGUACCAAAGCAGCACGUCAGCAGAGCAGACACACACACUGUAACUCCGUCUGGAACACGCAGCAUUCGCUACCAGGCAGGGUGGGCGAUUUUUUCAGUGGCUCAGCUUGAUAUGCCUGGCUGGGGUUACAGAAUAACAUCCACGUUUCACUCCAGGUCAUCCCAUCCUGCCAGGGGAAAGGAACUGGCUGCAGUGGAGCUGGCUCAGGGUUUCCAGUUUCCAAACCUGAUGUGAUCUUGCAGCUGGAAUAAGGGGAACUGCUGUGGGUCUCAGACCUCUAUGGCUCUGAAAAAAAGUGCUCCCAAGAGCUGUCUGCUCAGGUGAUAGGAUGGUGAGUGAGAACGAGGAGACACCCCAGCAGGAAGAUGCUGAGCAAGUGGAACCACAUGGGACGUUAUCAGGAAGACCCAAAGGGAACGUUUCCGGGAGUUGUGCACGCCCAGAAAGAACAAAUGUCUGUGAGACUAAGCACAGGCCAGAGGAAAACUUCAGUAGCCACUCAGACCUUAUUACACGCGAGAGCAUCAACUUGGAAGAGAAACGCUACAGACGCCAUAAGUGUGGGAAAAGUUUCAAUGGGAGCUCAGACCUUCUCAUACAUCAGAGAAUCCACAGGGGAGAGAAACCCUACAUGUGCUCUGAGUGUGGGAACAGCUUCAGUCGGAGCUCACACCUUAUCAGACAUAGGAGCAUCCACACAGGAGAGACGCCCUACACGUGCUCUGAGUGCAGGAAAAGCUUCAAUCGGAACUCAAGCCUUAUUAGACAUCAGAAAACCCACACAGGAGAAAAACCCUACACCUGCUCUGAGUGUGGGAAACGCUUCAGUUAUAACUCAGUCCUCAUCUCACAUCAGCGAAUCCACACAGGAGAGACACCCUACACGUGUUCUGUGUGUGGGAAAAGCUUCAACCAGGGCUCAAGCCUUAUUAGACAUCAGCAAAUCCAUACUGGAUGGACACCCUACACAUGCUCGGAGUGUGGGAAAUCCUUCAGUUAUAGAUCAGCCCUUCGCAUGCAUCAGAGAAUUCACACAGGUGACAAACCCUAUGGAUGCUCUGAGUGUGGGAAACGCUUCAUGGAUCGUUCAGCCCUCAUCACACAUGAGAGAAUCCACACAGGAGAGAGACCCUACAUGUGCUUUGAGUGUGGGAAAAGCUUCAGUCAGAGCUCAAACCUUACCAGACAUCGGACAAUCCACAGAGGAGAGAUGCCCUACACAUGCGCUGAGUGUGGGAAGAGUUUUAAGCAGAGCUCUGCCCUGAUCACACAUCAGAGAAUCCACACAGGGGAGAUGCCCUACACAUGCUCUGAGUGUGGGGAACGCUUCAGUUAUAGUUCAGCCCUCGUCUCACAUCAGAGAAUCCACACGGGAGAGACGUCCUACACGUGCUCUGAGUGUGGGAAAAGCUUCAAUCGGCGCUCCAGCCUUAUUAGACAUCAGAAAAUCCACAUAUGAGAGAACUGUAAUAAAUGCCUUGAUUCCGGCUGGCCAAAGCUUGUUUUUAAAAAAAUCACAAAUGUGAAUUCUCACAGAGCGACCUUUGCACCAGGUUCAGCGUGGUCUCUUAGCUCCUCUAGAUGAGUUGCCUGCUUCUGCCUUUUGCAGCUCCCCAUUCUUUGGGAUCAGUCCUGUGAUUUUUUUUCCUGUCAACUCUUUUCAUUUUAAGUUGUAGGCGUGUGUAUCCCUCCAGCCAGGAAUGUUUUUCACAGGGAGAAGAGGUGGUGAAGAGAGGUUUGAUCAAGCUACACUGAGGUAAAAACUAUCUGGGCCUUCCAUCUACUAGGGCUGCACCUGGCAUUGGCUGCUCAAGUUAGUGAUCUUGGUGUAAACAGACAAUUAUAGUUGUAGUGUAGCUGCAGCCCAGGUGCAGUGGUUGGCAUUAGCUUUCCCCUUGACCUGACCUAAACUCCAUCACCUUUCCUAGUCAAAACAAACCCUGAGCAUCACAGUUAUAUUGUCCCCCCAUUUCAAAGCAAUUGUUAAUCAGUGACAAUGAAAUUAAACAUGAAUUUAAUUAGUGUAAUGUAAGAGGCUGAUUCUGUGAUAACUUUGUGUUACAAUAUGAUUCAGGUUUUCUUCUAGUUCUGUCCCUGCCCCCUCCUACUCUUUUGGAAAUGGUGGCUAAUCCUGAAAUUAAAACCUCACUGCGAAGGAAUUAGAGUGGGGGAAUAUGUGAGAGAAAUAGCAUGCACGAGAAGAGAGACCCAGUACGGCCUGUAAUUAUUUCUAUUUAAAAUGGAAUUUAUUUUGAUCAAUUUUAAAAUAAAUCUUCUGUUAAGAGGAAAAUUACUUGAGACAAGAUGCGCAACCUUUUACCCAUCCUGUACAGGACUGAUAUGUUUUUGUUUGUUGGUUUGUCUGUCUCCCCUCUGGUGGUUGCUAUUUAAUAAAAGAAUCAUUUUGGUUUGAAA